AUGUGUGCGUGCAAACCACCGGCGGCCCAUAGGGACGGGGUUCAGCGCUGCCGCGGCAGCGUGAGGCUCAUGAAGGGACGUGACCAUCUCCAGGGCCUCUUCCAACCUGACCGGCUCCGUAGCACCGAGCGGGAGCAGAACCGGUCGGCAAAAAUCCGAGCCAAAUACCCGGACCGCGUCCCGGUCAUCGUGGAGAAGGUCUCAGGGUCUCAGAUUGUUGAUAUUGACAAGCGGAAGUACUUAGUUCCGUCGGACAUCACCGUGGCGCAGUUCAUGUGGAUCAUCAGGAAGAGGAUUCAGCUGCCGUCUGAGAAAGCAAUAUUCCUCUUUGUAGACAAGACCGUCCCGCAGUCCAGCUUAACUAUGGGACAGCUUUAUGAGAAGGAAAAGGAUGAGGAUGGGUUCUUGUACGUUGCCUACAGUGGAGAGAAUACAUUUGGUUUCUGAAUGGUGGGUCUGGGCUACUACACCGUCCUGCUGUGUAUCUUGUAAAUAGCUGAUCAUUUUCUGUUCUGACAUCGCAAUAGUUCCUUCUAUAUACAUGCAUUUGUAACUGGAUUUAUUUCUUAAUAUAUUGAUAGGUUUUGUUUUAUUAGACUUAAAUUAUCAAAAAAAUGUUUUGUUGUUUUUGUGCAUUUUUUUUUUCCUCAUGGCUAUGAAUUCCCAGAGCCUCACUCCUCUGUGGGAUACAUUUGAUGACAUUGAUUAAAUAAUAAAGCAAAGUAGUUGGGCUACUAAAACAUGAAAAGA